AUGAAGAGAGACUGCAGGAAAUACAAAAAGUGGCUGGAAAAGAAGAAGGGAAAAGCUAAUUCCUUGCAGGAGUUUACAAGCAAGAGGCUGCCAAGCAAGGAUGAAGUGAAGGUGUUCGUGGGAAAUGGAGAAGAAGUCCAAGUUAAUUACAUAGGGACAGUUAGAAUCAAAAAAUCAAGUGCAUUGGACAAGUUCAAAAUUUAUAAGGCUGAAGUAGAAAACCAGUUGAACUUGAAAAUAAAGGUGGUUAGAUCGGAUAGAGGAGGAGAGUACUAUGGAAGGUUUGAUGAGACUGGAAGGAAUCCUGGACCUUUUGCUAAGUUUCUUCAAGAAGAAGGAAUUAUAGCUCAGUACACCAACCCAGGUACACCUCAACAAAAUGGAAUUUCAGAAAGAAGAAACAGGACCUUGAAAGACAUGAUAAGGAGUAUGAUGAGCUGUACAAAUCUGCCAAUUUUUCUUUGGGGAGAGGCUUUAAAAACAGCCAACUAUAUUCUAAAUAGAAUUCCAACCAAAAGCAUUAAUAGAAUUCCCUAUGAAGUGUGGAAUGGAAGGAAGCCUAGCAUUAAACAUCUGAAAAUAUGGGGCUGUAAAGCAGAAGCAAAACCUUACAAUCCAGCAGAAAAGAAGUUGGAUCCAAAAACCAUAAGUGGUUUUUUUGUUGGCUAUCCUGAAAGAACAAAGGGAUACAGAUUUUAUUGUCCCAAACACACUACCAGAUUCAUAGAAACCUCAAGAGCAGUUUUUAUAGAAACUGACCAAGAAAUAGAUGAGGAAGAAAGUUUUAGUUUUGAAGAAAUAAUCUUGAACCAUGACAUGCCACAGAAUCCAAGUAAAGAAAUUGUUAGAUUACCUCAAAUGGAUUCAAUCAACACUCAACUCGAACACACUGAAGAGACCAAUGUCAAUGAACCUGAAAUUGCAGAACCAAUGGAGUUAAAUGACAAUCAAGCACCACCAGCAGAAAAUCAAGACAUGGCUCAAGCACAAGAAGUAGCAAAUCCAGAACCAAACUUGGAACUAAGAAGAUCACAAAGGCAAAGAAAACCUGCCUUAGGAGAUGAUUAUUUUGUAUACCUACAGGGAGUAGAACAUGAUGUGAAUAUCAUGGAAGAUCCUGCAACAUUCAAACAGGCCAUGACAAGUGAAAAGAAAGAAAACUGGUUUGCAGCAAUGAAGUCAGAACUGAAUUCAAUGGAGAAAAAUGGAGUCUGGAAGCUUGUGACCUUACCUCAAGGUUGCAAACCAAUUGGUAGUAAAUGGAUAUAUAAAACGAAACUGGACUCAAAAGGACAGAUAGAUAGGUAUAAGGCAAGAUUGGUUGCAAAGGGAUUCACACAGAAAGAAGGAAUAGAUUUUAAUGAGACUUUCUCACCGGUCUCGACCAAGGAUUCAUUAAGGGUUAUCAUGGCCCUUGUAGCACAUUUUGACCUCCACUUGCACCAGAUGGACGUCAAGACAGCUUUCCUAAAUGGAGAUUUGGAAGAAGACAUAUACAUGGUGCAACCUGAAGGUUUUGUUCAAGAAGGGGGAAAGGACUUGGUCUGCAAGCUAAACAAGUCAAUCUAUGGAUUAAAGCAAGCCUCUAGACAGUGGUACCUAAAGUUCAACAAGGUAGUGAAAGACUUUGGUUUUGUUGAAAAUGUUUUAGAUGAAUGCAUAUACAUGAAGAUGAGUGGGAGACAUUUCAUUUUACUAGUUUUGUAUGUAGAUGACAUUUUACUAGCCUGCACAAAUCUCACCAUGUUACAUGACUGCAAGAAUUUCCUAUCUAAGAACUUUGAAAUGACUGAUCUAGCUGAGGCAUCUUAUGUUUUAGGCAUUGAUAUAAGCAGAGAUCGAAAGAAUGGGGUACUUGGACUAUCACAAAAAUCCUACAUAGAAAAGGUGCUCAAGAGAUUCAAUAUGCAAAACUGCACAGGAAGUGAUAUUCCUAUUGCAAAAGGGGAUAAGCUAAGCACUGAACAAGCACCUAAGACUGAGCAAGAAAAGCUGGAAAUGGUUGACAAACCAUAUGCUUCACUAGUUGGAAGCCUAAUGUAUGCGCAGGUUUGUACCAGACCUGACUUGGCUUUUGCAGUCAGUGUGCUAGGAAGAUUUCAGUCCAAUCCUGGACAAGCUCACUGGAUUGCAGGGAAAAGAGUGUUAAGAUACUUGCAAAGGACAAAAGAUUACAAACUAACAUUCAAAAGAAGUGGCACGCUGGAAUUACAAGGUUAUGCAGAUGCUGAUUUUGCAGGAUGUCAAGACUCCAUGAAAUCAACAUCAGGUUUUGUAUUCAUGUUUGGAGGAGGUGCAGUGUCGUGGAGAAGUGUAAAACAACCUUUGACAGCAGGUUCAACUAUGUUUGCAGAGUUUCUAGCAUGCUAUGAGGCCACCUCUCAAGCCAUAUGGUUAAGAAAUUUCAUUAUCAGUUUGAAUGUGGUUGAAUCGAUACACAGACCAAUUCAAAUAUGGAAUGACAACAGCGCAGCUGUUUUGUUUGCAAAAGGAAACAAAAGGACAAAGGGUUCAAGACUAUUGGAUGUCAAGUUCAUAAUAGUGAAGGAGAAAAUUGCUCAAGGCUAUACUAAUAUAAGUCAUAUCAGUACAGACAAAAUGAUAGCAGACCCUCUCACAAAAGGAGUCCCAAAUGCAGUGUUCCAUAGGCAUGUUAUGAGCAUGGGAUUAAGGAAUGAUUUGAAUGCUUAA